CCAGAAGGCCACUCAUGCCCCUCCACCUUCCCCCUUUGGCAGUGGCUGGACGGUGGGCUGCUCACAGAGCCCCAGGCGCUGCUGCUUCCAGAUUCAGCCACAGACAUGAUAUUCUUCAGUGAUGACAAGGGAGCCAGCAAAAGAGACACCGCUUCUCCCUUGACUCCUACAUUUAUGCCACGCUCGGAGAGAGCCAUCCCAGGACUACGAGCGAUUGUGCCAUCUGCGGUGGACCAUGGAACCUUAUAUCACUGGAAACAGAUCCCUGGUUUCUUCUCGGAGGCCUGGAAUGGCCUCUUCUGGACAUUAUCCCUAUGUUUAAAGUUGUGCAACUUAAUGCCAAUCUAAGGAAUGCAGCUUGAGGCACAACUAGAGAGAAGAAAAGCACUGUAGUAACCAAGGUGGAAUUAAAAUGAAGUCCAGACCUGGCCAGUGAAUUUCUUCUUGGGUUUGGGCUUCACAAAGGUCUUCACAGCAAGGAUGAACCAUCUGAGAUGAAAAUGUCUGACACCUACAGCCCAGUGAGGAGACGGCUGACUGGGCUAUUUAUGCCUGUCUCGUUCGGGGAAUGUUUUGGCCUCACUUGCCCUCUGUCUCCAAAGGGCAACAGACAGGUGAUAGCUUCCUUCCCAAUUGUGGCUGCUCUUCCUUGUCUGCCUGCAUGGCAGCUUCCAGGAGGAACUGCAGAGGCUCCCACAGACUCUGGUGGCUGAAGAAAAGGAGAGGAGGCAAAGGCUGCUGGGCCAUUAAGGAAUCCACCUUGUGGACUUAAGCUGCAAUCAGUGCACAAAGGCAGCCUUUUCAAACAGAAUGCAUUGGUACAAUCUUUUCACCAGGAUGAUGGCUCUGGAUUGUUGACGUUGGUCAUCCUGAAUUCAUUCUACAUAUGACCAAUGUCCAUUUGGCUUGUGUCUUUCCUCGCCUGGAAGCCCUCACUUUCAAAGCUGCCUUUGGAAGAGCUCUUUGGCCCGGCCUUGGCCAGUGGCUAGAGGCAAGGGGGCUGGGCUGGCUGGAUCUUCUCCUCCUCCUCCUGAAUGGACUUGCUGAGUGAGCCAGCCGAGGCUGCCUACAGUGGAGGCUGGAUGGAAAAGUUGCAGAAGCCGCUGAAGUCCCCGAGGAGCAUCGUCCUCUCGGCUCGGGGAUCAGGGGCCCCCGGAUCUACCUCCAGCAUCACGGCCAAGAUGGACGAUGAGGUCCUGGGCUAUAAGGACUUGGCAGCCAUCCCCAGGGACAAGGCCAUCCUGGACAUUGAGCGCCCUGACCUGAUGAUCUACGAGCCCCACUUCACCUACUCCCUCCUUGACCAUGUGGAACGGCCAGGCAGCCGAGAGCCUUCACUCUCGCCCACGUCUCUCUCUCCUCCCCCAUCGCCAGAAGUCAGCCACGAGUGGGCAGAGGCCAAAUCCCCAGGGAGCGUUGGCAAGGCCUCUGGGCGCCGGGCCGGCAGCAGAAACCACUCUGGACUCCUUCAGCACUUCCAUCAUCCUGACACCAACACGGCAGAGAUGAACAUCUACAAGAAGCCGCCCAUCUACAAGCAGAGGGAGGCUGCGCUGGCUCCGACUCCCGAGACCAAAAGGCUGAUUGAGGGCCUGAUCAUUGAAUCCUCCAAAUUCCCCGCUGCUCAGCCGCCCGAUCCCAGCCAGCCUGCCAAGAUUGAGACGGACUACUGGCCCUGCCCGCCCUCCCUGGCGGUUGUCGAGACUGAGUGGCGGAGGCAAAAGGCGUCCAAGAGAGGGGAGGAGGUGGAUGAGGACACAGAAGAAAUGCAAAAUCUCCGGGAGCUGCAGGAACAAGAGCUGAGCAAGGUGGCCUCCAAUCUGGGCAGACUCAUCCUGAAGGAGGAGAUGGAGAAAUCUCUGCCAAUCCGCAGGAAGACCCGCUCUCUUCCAGACCGAACUCCCUUCCACGCCUCUUCGCACGGAGGAAGCUCAAAAUCAGCAGCCCCUCAUGCCUCUGGGAGACACACGCUUGCCAGGUUGCAGUCAACCGAGUUUGGAACCGGCAGCAGUGAAAAAGUUGGUCCAGGUCUGCAGAAUGGCCAGAAAAGCCGCAUGGACAGAGGCAGCUCCCUCCCCAGCAUGCUGGAGCAAAAGAUUUAUCCGUAUGAGAUGCUGCUGGUGACCAACCGAGGGCGAGUCAAACUGCCCCCAGGAGUGGACCGGACGCGGCUUGAGCGGCACCUGUCGCCCGAGGACUUCCAAAGGGUCUUUGAAAUGCCCCCGGAGGAGUUCUCCCGCCUGGCCCUGUGGAAGCGGAACGAGCUGAAGAGGAAGGCCUGUCUCUUCUGAGCCCCUCGCAGCCGCCUGCCCAACGUGAGCAAGUGCCGCGUGUGUCCUGCAUCACAGAGGCUUUAGGGCGCCUCUUCAGCAGGUGCCAAGGAACACUCCUCCCCCCAUCCCAGCUAUGAGGAAGCCGGUCAGCCCCAGGCGGGCAGGGGAGGAGCUGCCCGGGAGUGUGGAGCCGCCCCCCCUCUCUGAGCAUGAGCCAGAACUGGAGCAGUUGGGUGGGGAAGGGGGGGAUGCUCCUUUGCUUCCCUGGCACCCGAGAGGCCCCUCCUCAGCCGCCAUCCAGCAGGAGUGAUGGCGUUGGGGCCUUGGUUGUCCCCAUGGCCAAAUGGCCUUGCCGCCUCUUCAGCAAGCUUUGUGGAGCAGGCACCUCAAAACAGAGGCACCUCGAAAGGGCCAGUCCCUCCCCCCAGCUGCCUUCGUUCUCCCCCCUGGCAGUUGGGACCUUUGAUUGCCCAGACUUGCCCCCCUGGACCGUUAGGCCUUCUUUGUGCACGUUUAGUCAUUCCAGAGCGACUGGUCUGCGGCUGAACCUUCCCUCACAGCUGAGCCGAGAGUGUGCAGAGACCCCGUUGCCUCCAUCGCCCGCAAGCAGGCAUUCAGUUGAGUAGAGAUGGACACGGACGGAACGGCUGCUCUGAGCAGCAAGAGCCUGGCGGCAGGGGCACCUGGAGGAGAACUGCCCCGAUUGCUGCUGGCUGCAGGGAGAGCAGUGAUGGGGGAUCAGGAGGCGCCUCUUUGUUCCAAUUAUGCUGACAGACACAAGGCCGAAGUCGUCCUCCCCACUGCAGGCCUUGGGGUGGGUGUGGAAUCUCCAGCUCACCCGUGAAAAGGAAAACCCCAUAGAAAAAUCAGGCAAGAGAAGCGACCUGCCCAAAGUUCACUUGCAAAUAGGAGUUCUGAGGGACUGAGACUGGUGGGGGCAUCUCCACCCAUCCUGGCAAGCGCCCUCCACAGGAUGCCAUGCUCAGCAGAAGGGAGGCUGCCGCCUGGUGGGCUCUUGAGGGACCUGGCACUUUAGGACGGGCGUGAAGGAAGCGGCAGCGUCUCUCGCAUCUCAACUCCCCCGAAAUGGUGAAUCCCAAGGGUCCCAUCUGAAAUCUGGCUGCCUGGGAACAAAGCAGCUGUGCCACGGGUUGCUGGGAACUGCCUGCAGAGACUGGAACUCAGCUCACCCACUCCCCCCCCCCCGGCCCGUCACUCCACUCCGUGCAAAUGUAGAGCGCUACUGAUGUGAAUGUUCUUCAAUAUGGGCCUCUGACUGUAGUUCAGUCCCACCCACCUACUUUUGCUGAUGUUAAACUCUGUGACCGUUUCCCUCUUUUUAAUUAAACGUGAAGCAGCUUCAUUCAAAAA